UCACAGUCAUACCUAGAAAAACUCUCCUCCUCCUCCUCUCGCAAAAACCAGCUGCGGCACCGGCACCGGCACCGGCAAAGAGACUUUCAUCUUCACUCCUUCUCCUCCUCCUCCUCCUCAGCUUUUGAAGAGAUUUGGAAUCUUAAUAAAGGGUUGAGCUCAGUGUCUUAUAUUCAAUGUAUCGUCUCUUUGAGUGAGUUUAAGAUCCUCAAAGCUUUGAUUGAGUUGAACUUGAAGGAGUUGAAUUGGCCAAAAACAGAACUUGAAGGAUUAAGUAGCUGAUGUUAGAACACCAAGAUGAAAAUCUUCUUUGCUUACUCUGCCAAAUUCUUCAGACCCAAAAAGACCCAAAGCUUUAUAAUUAAACCCAGCCAAUUCAUCUUCUACAGACCCAUGUCACAGUCCACCUCCAUACCCAAAAAGAUGCAGAGGGUCCGAGACCAUGGCUUUGACAACUACAUGGAAGUGGAGAAGAAAACCCGGAAAGUCCUCAAGUCUCAGACCCUCAUUCUAGCCCAACCCAAUCAAACUCUUCCAGUCUCACGCCUUGACAUCCUAGCUCGUCACCUUGGCUUCAAACAAGAUGAAGUUGGUGCUUUCUUACUCAAAUUCCCUCAUGUUUUCGAGAUUUAUGAGCACCCGGUUCAACGAGUCCUCUAUUGUCGCUUAACCCGAAAAGCCCAUCUCCAGAUUGAGCUAGAAAAGCACACACUUCAUGCCCAAAUCCCUGAAGCCGUCACCAGACUCAGAAAGCUCUUGAUGAUGUCCAAUGCUGCCAGGCUUCGGCUCGAGCACAUCCGCAUUGCUAGGGCGGAAUUCGGUUUGCCUGAUGAUUUCGAGUACUCGGUAAUUCUCAAGUACCCUCAGUAUUUUCGAUUAAUUGAUGCUGAAGAAACUAGGAAUAAGUACAUUGAGUGUGUUGAGAAAGACCCUAGUUUGAUGGUAUGUGAUAUAGAGAAACUUAGGGAGAAAGAGUAUAGAGAGAGAGGUGCUAAUGCUGAGGAUAUUAGGUUCUCAUUUAUUGUGAAUUUUCCACCUGGUUUUAAGAUUGGUAAGUAUUAUAGGAUUGCUGUGUGGAAAUGGCAGAGGGUUCCUUACUGGUCACCUUAUGAGGAUAUUUCUGGUUAUGAUUUGAGAUCACUUGAGGCUCAAAAGAGAAUGGAGAAGAGGGCAGUUGCAACAAUUCAUGAAUUGUUGACUUUGACUGUUGAGAAGAAGAUUACAUUGGAGAGGAUUGCUCAUUUUAGAAUGGCAAUGAAUUUGCCUAAGAAGUUGAAGGAGUUUCUUCUUCAACAUCAGGGUAUAUUUUACAUUUCGACUCGAGGGAAUUACGGGAAGAUUCAUACUGUUUUUCUUAGGGAGGCAUACAAGAGAGGGGAGUUGAUAGAGCCAAAUGAUUUGUAUUUGGCAAGGAGAAAGUUGGCUGAAUUGGUUUUGUUGAGUCCUAGGAAUGCAAAAGUUGAUAAGGAAUUGGUUAACUUCCAUAGAGGAAGGGAGAAUGAUCAUGGGGUGAGAGGCUUUGGAAGAGAAGACUAUGUGGAUGAUGGUGGAACAGAUUUUGAAGACAUGCCAUAGAGGGAUUUGAAUUCGGGGAGUGACUUUGGCGAUGAAGAUCACAAGGCCAAAAAAUUUGUGGAUUCGGGGAGAAUGUGGAUUCAACUAAGGCUUAAGUUUGUGAUUUUUCGAAAUGGGAAGUAUGUUUGUAUGAUGCAGAAAGAUUGACCUGAACUCGGGUAAGUAAUUUUGGCUGGAAGUUUAGUGAAAGAGACGAUGAGGCUGAUUAAUUUGCCGAUGCGAAGGUGGUGGGUUCAACUGAGUGACUUGAAACAUUAUGGUUUGGUUUGUGAUUUUGAAGGUGGACAGAGAGAAUGAAAUGAAUUCACAUUUAGUUGGUAAUUUUGAUUAUGAAGAUGAUGAGCUUUCAACAUGGUGACUUAAAUGAUAAUCUAGAUAAUGUUGUGGAUCUUACUAUUUGUAAUUGUUUGCUGAAUUUGAAGAGCUGUGAUCAUUUGGAAAUGUGAUCUGGACCACAAGAUCCUAACCAAAAAGUAAAACUCACCAGCCAACAUGUGGAAACUAAACCAAGACCGAAAUUAUAAGACUACAGAUUCUAGCAACUAACUAACCAUGAUGAUUUUGAUAAGAUUAAUGUUAAAAGGCACUUGUUAUAUUGCUAUUUGUAGCAAUAUUUUGUGAAAUUAGAUAGCGGGUUUUGCAUGAUUCAAUUUAAUAAUUACUAUAAAAUAUUAUUAGUUAUUUGCAAAGUAUUACCUUAUAGUGGUGUUUAGCACUGAUACUUAAUAGCAAUGCUUAUUCUGUAACUUUACUUAUUGGCUUCUCAACAAGCUCUUAUGAAAAAUCUAUGUAACUAUUGAUCUAUGUCUAAACUUAGCUCUCUUUAUGUAAGACAUAGAUUGUUACAUUGGGUUUUAUAGUGGAUGUUGUUCGAAUCCA